GCUUUCUGUUCCUUUUCAAGCUCUUUGACAUUAUGUGGAGUGACCCGCAGCAUAAUGAAGGCUGUUUGCCCAAUAGUUUACGUGGUGCUGGCACUUACUUUGGCCCCGAUAUCACUAAACAGUUUCUCGAAAAACACAAGCUAGACUAUUUGGUGCGUUCGCAUGAAUGCAAAGUGGAUGGUUAUGAGUUUGCCCACGAUGAGAAGGUCAUUACCAUAUUUUCAGCUUCCAAUUAUUAUGCCAUUGGUUCAAAUCGUGGUGCGUACAUUAAGCUAAAUCCUCAUAUGGAACCACAUUUUGUUCAAUAUAUAUCGGCUGCCUCGAAGACACGUCAAUUAACAUUCCGCCAACGAGUGGGCAUUGUGGAAAGUUCAGCUAUAAGGGAAUUGGGCGCUAGACUGCGUGCUAGGCGCAACGAACUGGAGGCAGAGUUCAAGAAGCAUGAUACCAAAAAUAAAGGUUUCAUUACUAUUUCCAAGUGGUGUGAGGCCAUGGAAAAAGCCACCAAUUUGGGUUUGCCUUGGCGUUUGUUGCGUCCUCGUUUGGCUCCUUCUAGUGAUGACUGUCCCGCCAAUGAGGUUAAUUAUUUAACCACUUUGGAACUAUUGGAUACAGAUACUAUAAUUGAAGCUCAAGAGCAGGAAACCAGCGUGGCGGAUUCUUUAUAUAAAAAUGUCAGCAGCUUGGAAGCUAUAUUCCAUAUAUUGGAUUCCGAUCAGUCAGGCUACAUUUCUCUGAGCGAAUUCAGUGAUGCUUGCGAACUAUUGGAGAAGCAUUUGCCCGGCACAAAUACUCGUGAACAAUUGCUGGACAUGUGCCGCAUGAUGGACCUAAACAAAGAUGGUCUGGUAGAUCUCAAUGAAUUCCUUGAAGCAUUCCGUUUAUGCGAACAGGCCAAGAAUGAACACACCACGGGCAAGAAAGCACAACACGAAGGAGCAGAAGGAGAGGAUAAAAAUGAAAAGGGUGGUAGAAGAUAUAGCACCCAGGUGGCAUUGGCGGCGGCCCAAUUGAAAAAACAACUGCCCGCAGUAGAUGAAGAUGGUGAUAAUGAUAUCGAUCCCAAUGACAGUGAAACUAAUACACUUAAGCGUUAAAAGGGAAGAGGGAAGGAAAUGAAGGAUCUCUAAUACUGAAGCUUUAAAUUAUUUUGAUUUUUUUUUAAGAUUUUUAAAAAUAAGUAUUUUUUUUAUAUAUUAUUUAGAAAACUUCGCUUUUAGUGUUAUAUGGGUUAAUUUAUGCUUAAAUUUUUUAACAUAUUAUUUGAAAUAGACAACGAAGUUUUAUUUUAGUUUUAAAAGCCAUUUUCAACUUAAAAAAACUCUUGCCGUCCAUUUUGUUUUUUAGUUGUGAAGUGUUAGCUUAUGUUAUGUUUUAUUUUUUU